AUGGCGCUGUUGAGGUGGGGAGAAAGCCGUGCCCUCCUCGCUGCCUCGGACGAUCACGAAAUCCGUGUCUUUCACGGCGAAGAGGUCAUCGCGAGCCUCCUCGAGGUGGGCCGGGUUCGGCAGCUCAUCUCGUCAACGGGCCCCAGAAAUGGCACCGAUCCCCCUUCCAUGGGGCGCUUUGCCUACCUCCUCGACAACGGCACGGUUGGGGUCUAUCAACAAACCCAACGGCUAUGGCGGAUUAAAAGCAAGCACACCCCAGUGUCGGCCACCUUUUGCGAUGUGGACGAGGAUGGUGUGGAGGAGCUGGUGAUUGGCUACGACAGCGGCCGCGUGGAGGUGCGGGGGGAUGUUCGGACGGGGGGAGGGAACAGGGGGGGGGAGGUACUCUACCGCGGCACAUAUACCGCCCCUGUUGCCGCGGUUCUCUCUGAGGACUAUCGACAGGAUGGUAGACCCAUUCCUUUAGUGUGCACAGUGGAUGGUGUUGUGCGGGGACUGACGCUGCCGACGUCCAUGCUGGGGGAGGCCAACGAGGUGAAAAACGCGCAGAUGCUUGCGUCGUUGGUGCAACAACAGCGGCUCCUCGAGGCCCAGCUUUUAGGCAUCGAGGAACAGCUCCUACUCAAACAAAAAGGUGAGCAGGAUCUAACGCUUCCAGUAGCGGGACUACGAGUCGUCCACGUGGCGCGCUAUCGGUGGGGAGGUAAAAUGUUGGAGAUUAUCUUCAGCCUUCAGAAUGCCCUCGAGGACGCCGUUAUCCAGAGCUGUGUCCUGAGUACCAACAACACGAAUCUCUCUAAGGAGGGAAGUGACGUCGUUUGCUUCUACGCGGACAGCCCUGCCAGCAGUUUGAUCUGUCCAGUGGAAUACAUUAAAAGUGUUGCCACGGUAGUCACGGCACACGUCGCGGUGGGUAGCGCGUUCGCCGGAAACUAUCAAGUUCACGAGCUGUCCUUUAGAAUUCCUCCUUUUGUUGCGUAUCAGCCGCGCUCAUUACAGUCAGAGAAAGACUCCUCAGGCCAACUUUCUUCGUUGCCUUUGGGCUACGUGGAGCUGUCCUAUCGCGAAAAUUUGCGAAUGGACGCACUGGAGACGUGGCUGCGCGAGAACUUUAGUAUUCCUGAGAAGUUUGUCUUAUACGACACUGAUAGCUCUUUGAAAUCGGCACUUCGUGCCGAUCUAGUGAGCGCGCGCGGCGAUGCUUCAUUGGCGAUCGAAAUAAACAACCCUGAGGAAGGACUCAAAACUAUUACCGUACGCACGAACUCUAUGGAGUGCUGCGCCGAUGUGGUCACGUCGUUAGGUGCGGAUGUGGUGGGUGGGGUUGCCGAACAAGAUGCCUAUCCGAUUACAAUCCACUGCGACUUCCCGCAUGAGCUAAAACAGUUGAGGGAGGAGCUCCUGCGAGUUGAAGCAUUCGACGCUGCCCGUAUGAAGCUGGCCGCGGACAUGGCUAACGCGGCCACCACCUUAAAGACGCUCUUAGUGCGAGCUGAGGACGCACGAUUGCUGAGCGAUAUGGUAAACAUGAAAAAGGCCUACACUUCUCUCUUCAGCGUAAAUAGCGAGCUUCUAGAUGAAAACGCAAAACGUCUAAACAACUACAGAGAACUCAAGGCAGCCUUAAAUGAGGUCAAUUUAUUUAUUCAACGAGCAGGAAAACUACGCUUAGGACCGGAUAAAGCUAUAGUAAUUGCAUUGUGUCGGAAUGCUCUCAAAGAAGGACGAAUUACUUCACUUAUCGAAAUCAUUCGUUCCGGAUCCGCAUAA